AUGGUCGUCCUCAGCAAGCUCAUUAGCAGCAUUCUCUUUGCCUCCCUGGUCUCGGCGGCCGUGAUCGAACGCCAGUCAGCCAGUAUCAACCAGGCCUUUACAUCCCAUGGCAAGAAAUACUUUGGCACCGCCAGUGACCAACGUCUGCUCCAGACCUCGCAGAAUGAGGCCAUUGUGCGCAAAGACUUUGGCCAGUUGACGCCGGAGAAUAGCAUGAAGUGGGAUGCUACUGAGCCAUCGCGUGGAAACUUCAACUUCGCUGGUGCUGAUUUCUUGGUCAACUAUGCCAAACAGAAUGGCAAAAAGGUCCGCGGACACACCUUAGUCUGGCACUCCCAACUCCCGUCCUGGGUGUCGGCUAUCACCGACAAAAACACCCUGACCACGGUGUUGAAGAACCACAUCACCACCAUCAUGACCCGGUACAAGGGUCAGAUCUACGCCUGGGACGUCGUCAACGAGAUCUUCAACGAGGACGGCUCCCUCCGCGACAGUGUUUUCUCCCGCGUGCUGGGCGAGGACUUUGUCCGGAUUGCCUUCCAGACGGCGCGCUCUGUUGAUCCCUCUGCGAAGUUGUACAUCAAUGAUUACAACCUCGACUCGGCUAGCUAUGCCAAAACGCAGGGGAUGGUGAGCCAUGUCAAGAAGUGGUUGGCUGCGGGCAUUCCUAUCGAUGGAAUCGGCUCUCAAACCCACCUUGCAUUGACUGCCCUUGCCUCCUCCGGCGUCUCUGAGGUCGCUAUUACCGAGCUGGAUAUCGCGGGUGCUAGCUCCCAGGAUUACGUCAACGUCGUCAAUGCAUGCCUGGGUGUCUCGAAGUGUGUGGGAAUCACCGUCUGGGGGGUGUCGGACAAGGACUCGUGGCGCUCCAGCUCGUCUCCGCUGUUGUUCGAUAGCAACUAUCAGCCCAAGGCGGCGUAUAAUGCCAUCAUUGCUGCUCUAUGA